UUUGUUCCAAUAUUGAAUGUGCCACUCCAGAUGAUUUAUCUGAACUGAAUGAUUUGCUCUUUGUUAAACCAAGUGAGAAUUCUGAGAUUCACCAAAAAAUACUGGAUUUCUCUCAUUUCUCAUUCAAUGAAAAUUCGAUUGACUAUCAUUACAGGAAGACAUUAAUGCAUUAUAUGAAUUAUAAUAUUGUUAGAAAAAUAGCUGCCUUCUUGGAAAUUGACAAUUAUGAAAAUUGCACAAGUCAAGAACUUGCUUCGUGUAUAAUGAAAUUUUUGAUGGAAGUAAAAGUGCCAGGCAAGAGUAAAAAACGUUCUGUUCCUAAACAGUGUGGAUCUUCAAAGAAUGCACUAUUUAAUGUAGAAAAGUCUGAUGUCUUGAAUCAUACAAUAAAAACAUCUGAUGUCUUCAGUUGUAAAGGAAUUGAAAGGCUUCAGUGCGAUGAAGUGUCCAUACAUACAAAACCCCGUAAAGCAGCUGUGAUCCAUAGGUUAACCAAGUCAUCAUAUUCACAGAUAGGAAUAAUUAAAAAUAAUGAUGUCUCACAAAAUUUAGAUGAUGAUCCUGAUGGUGACUCUGUACCACUGUAUGAAAUUCUUCAUCAUCCGACAGAUGAAGACUUAGAAAAGGUGAUAUCGGAAAUUAUUAAAGCUGAUUUAUGGUCUAUUACAAUGAAUGGCUUGAUUAAAAAGGUGUUUCAACAGUAUUCUACAUUAAACCUUAAAUAUAAAACAGAAUUCAUCAAAUCAAAAGCCAGACAGAUACUUUUAGAAUUGCGAGGAAAUACCAGUGAAUUUCCAGUCAUUAUGUAAUAUAAAAGUAUUUAUUUUUUACCAGGAAAAUAUAUGAUUACAGAAUUUUAUUUCAAUCUAUAUUUGCAAUAAAUAAAUUUGUAUUCUUAUAUCAAA